CAGGGGCGGAAAUGGCAUUGUUGCCCCGUGCAGCUCUGUGGCCCGUGUGGCUCGAGCCUGUCCAACCGCAACGCCCGAGCUUCCCGCCUUCAGUCGCCAGCCUCGCCUGUGAGUCAUCUUGCACCCUCCCUUCCCGCGUUCUGCCUUUCCUCGCGGCAAACCUGAAAUCUGGUCUGAAGGACGAGCUCCGCGGCUAGCCGCUGGAAGAAGCCGGAGACAAGUUCCUUCCGUGUGGCUUUCCCAUCGCCGCCGUCCGAUUGCAGUUGGGAUUACUUGUGUUUGUUCCUGCCCAAUGCGCCGCCUGGGCCUUUUUUGUCAAAUGGCAGGCCAACCAACCUGCCGCUUCUCGACAUGCGGCCCCUGCCGACCAACCAGCUGAGAAGAGCACGGCAAGCUUGCAUGAAAAAGCCAAACUGCCGCGGCCUAUUGGGCACAAAAUAUCCCGGCGCUUAAAACGGGUGGCUAGUGUACACUCGUCGGGGCUCCAAAGAUGCCCAGCGGACUGCCCACCAAGGCAGCCAGGCAAGUCAGGCCCUUUGACCGCGACCUUUGACUUGAACCAAAAUCUGGUACACGGCCCACCAGACAUAUCAACUAGCAAGCCCGUGUACACUAUGUACUGCGUACAGUUGCAAACCCAGACUUGCCUGCAUGCCAAGACAUCCAGUUCAUCCGAAUACGGCAAUAGAUCCAGAUAUCGCGUCCUUGGUGUUAAGUCGCGUUCCCGCGUCGCUCGCGCCCCCGUGACUGCCUGCAUUGCUUGCCAGGCGGCGUCGAAUGACACCCUCCCGGCUACUGAAGCUCAACACCGUGCAAUAUUUGUAGCGAAAUGGCCAAUCACUCCCCAAACUUAUAUUGAGGGCGAUGAGCCUACUGAUGUCGAAUCUGUUAAUUCAGGGGUGGGUUGACAGCGAUGGAGGAUGGAGGCUGGAGGUUAUGGAUAGUUCCCCCUACCCCCCGUUAGUUUACCUGACUUAAUUUUUCAAGGCCCGUGCGUUUUAUCGCUAUUCAAUCGAUCGGCCUGCUAGAGUAGAAAACUGCUAUUGGGCAUUGAUGCAAUCAAAGCGGGAGUCUGCUGGGUGCUUUGGAGCAACGACGAGCACAGAGUACUCGGAACAGUCAAUUGCAACAACUCGAAACUUCCAUUAGACGUCAUGCCGUUGGCGUAUCGUUGAGGUCUGGACGCUUCCUUCUCUAUUAUGCCGUCAUCCCACCCUACUGUUUCGACCGUGAUCGGCCUCUGCUCGCAUACAACCAGC